CGUUCAAGAGUUUCAACCGGAUGGUUUCUGUCCUCCGUGUUUCAUUUUGCCAGUCACAAUUCGCACGCUGUGAGGUAUUUUGUUUGAGAUAUUUUCUCCUUCAGCGCUUAAAAACUUAUAUAAGCAUGUCUGCGGACAAAGAAGAAAAACCUAAGGUUGAUUUAGGGCUUUUGGAAGAAGAUGAUGAAUUUGAAGAAUUCCCUGCUGAAGACUGGGGCCCUGAAGAGGAAGAUGCAGACGACAUAAAUGUGUGGGAGGAUAAUUGGGAUGACGAUAACAUUGAAGAUGACUUCUCUCAGCAGUUGAAAGCGGAGUUGGACGUGCAGCCCAUGCAGUAGCCCUUAUCUGAUGUCAGCAGCGCAUGAUGCAUAGCUUUAAUAAUAAACUACUUUUUUUUUAAUUAGAGUGGUUUUAUUGCUUCCUAUAAACUAAGUGAGGCUUCAGUGACUUAUUGCUAAUCCUGUUUUUAUGAUGCUGGGAAACUGGCUCUUGAUGUUUUAAUCAAUGUGAAUAAUUCUAAAUGCGUUCACAGUGCUUUAUAUUUAUUCAUUUCGCCUUUAAUCAUAUAAUUAUCCUGUUUAUUUGACCUUUGAUAAUGUAACAUAAAAAUAAUGAAGUUUAGUGAAAGAUAAAUUUUACUAAUCUCAUAGAAUUCAAAAGGAAUUAUAAUUAAGCGCUGAUGGCAUAAACAGAAACAAACAAGCCGUUUUGCGGGAGUUGACUGUUGAGAUUGUCAGCGCUUCUCUCGGCGCUCUCUUGAGUUUGUUUUCUCACGCCGAUAGCGAGGGAAGCAUGCGCAGCAUCCAUGGCUGCAUGAGUGGCUGGCUCAGCCACUCAGUCAAUCGAAGUGCGGCGCGGUGUGAGGACGCAGCACAGAACCUCCUUUCGAAUGUCACGAAUAUUUUUUAACAGUUGUACGUUAACGAAUCAAAACAGACCUGCGUUAUUUGAAACUUACGGCAUAUAUGUAGAUUUUAGUAGUACAUUAUCCGAAAAGUAUUGGAUGGCGAUUUAAUGAAAAUGUCACGCUAAUUUCGAUUUUCUGAGAUAAUAAUGAGAAUAUUUAAUUAGUAGUGCAACGCUUAAAGAGAUGCGACUCUUUGCGAGGAGGAAAUUGAUGAAGUUGCACUCCCAUCGUCCAGCAUACUAAAAAUUAUUUUCGCCCUAAUUUAAAAUGAUUGUCUAUGACUAACUUAGUUGUGUUUCUCGCAAACUUGGUAUCAUACUAAUCAUAUCGAUUUAAUUCUCUAAACGGCAAGCAAUUUUAUGCGUCAAUAUAAAUGCCGCGCUUACCUCUAUCCCCAGAAAUGCUUGCCGAUCGAUCGUCAAAAGCCUCGUGCGAUUGUCCAUCUCCGCGAGAACAGAAAGCUUCUCGCUGCUCUAAAGUUGCGCAGCCGCCAUGCAGAUCAGGAGUGAAUGGCAUAGGAUGCUACAUUUGUUCGAGUAAAAAUGGCAGUGAUCCCUACUGCGAAGAUCCGUUCCACCCUGGUCACUCGACUUAUGCCAGCAGCUGUCAAGUCGGGAAAAAGAACCACAUCGGUCGAUUUCCUGCUAAUUUCUGCGUGAAAAUUACAGGACAGUCAACUCGUACGGGCGUGACACUCAUGAUCAGAAUAUGCGUGCUGGAGAACAUGGACUCACAGUGCGGUCUCUUCAAGUUCGAGAACGAGGAGCUCUCGGGCUGCAUCCUUACCUGCAACGACGACGGCUGCAAUCCUGCUAACACGCUGCGUCUGUCUCCUCUCAUGUUGUCAGCAUCUUUCCUCUCUAUUUCUUAUAUAUUAAAUAGCAGAUUCUGAAAUUAAAUAGCCAAGUCCCGGCUACCCGUAGUAAUAUUCAAAGUUGUUUAUGACCCUUUUUAAUCUGAUACACACGCAUCGAACGCCAUGCGAACGCUAUUUGAAAAAUAAAAUUUGUAAACUCUUUUAGGUUAUUAAAAAUUUUAUUAAUCGUAAUUUCAGUGGUCAAUAGGAAUUUUUUAGUUUUGUGAUGGCAACAUAUAUGAUCUUUGAAUUUCAGAGGCAGAAAUUGCAUUCUUAUUUUGCUAGUAAUAACUUUUUGAUUUAGUGUGCGCAUAAAUAUUAUGAAGAAUUAUUUAUUAUAAAGCCACUUCAUUUUUGCUCGCGACAUCGAUUCCUCUUCAUUGGCCUCGCUCGGUUUACUGGACGUAGUCGGCGAUUCUGUGUUUUUAAGUUUCCACACCCAUGCCAAACUCCAGUUGCAUUUAUAAUAAUACCGUUACUGAAGCUCUCACAUAAUAAUCUCAACCAGUGAAAUGUUUAGAAGUCUAUAAGUUGAAUUGAAGCUUUCUCGCUAGCUAACAACUGAUGAGACGCAGCUUCAUAUUGCCAGUUUUUUGGAAUAAGUCUGUAAAUGUUCGUUCUUAUUAGUGUUGUUCAUUUGUUUGUAUUAAAAUAUAAGGUAAAUAUAUAAGU